AUGACUGAGCAUCGAAUUCUCCAGCUCGAUGAAUCAGUUAUCAAAAGGAUUGCAGCUGGAGAAGUCAUUAAUUUUCCGUCAAAUGUUGCAAAAGAGUUAUUAGAAAACUCAAUUGAUGCCGGAUCAAAAAGAAUAUCAACCGAACUUCAAAACGGCGGCUAUUCUCUCAUUAAGAUUUCUGAUAAUGGCUGUGGAAUAAAUGCUGCGGAUAUGCCUUUAGCUUGUCAGCGUCAUGCAACGUCUAAAAUUCAAAGUUUCAACGAUUUAAGGAACGUAACUACAUUUGGAUUCAGAGGUGAGGCUUUGUUUUCAAUGUCCUGUGUUUCUCAUCUCAGUAUUUUAUCUAAAACAGAAGAAAGUUCAUUUGGAUACUCCGGAAACUUCCAAGACGGAAAUCUGAUCGGCGAAUUAUCAACAGUACCCAUAACAAUAGGAACUACAGUCACCAUUUCCGAUCUAUUCUAUAACAAACCGACCAAAUUACGAACAUCUCCAGAUUCAGCCACUCAAAACCGAAAAAUCCUACAAAUAGUCCAAAGAUACGCAAUCGCAUACCCAGAGAUCAGCUUCUCUGUCAUCUGCGACGGCAAAGAGAAGAUGAUGACCCAUGGAUCUUCAUCACAUUACGAUGUCAUCUCAUUAUUAUAUGGUAUCGAUGCCAGAUCAGCGACAUUUGUCCUUACAGGUGAUAUCGCGAAGAACACAACCGUUGAAAUGUAUCUAGGUUCUCCAUCGGCCAAAAAACAACUCAAAGAAUCAGCGGUUUUUGUAAAUGGCAGACUUGUUCAAUGCGACCACAUUAAAAGGGCGAUUAAUGCUGUUUACGGCAGUUUCUUGAUGAGGGGCGAGAAACCAUUUGCUUUUGUUUUAUUAAGGAUGCCGCCAGAUAAAGUAGAUGUGAAUGUACAUCCAACGAAAAAAGAUGUUAUAUUUACUAAUGAACAGAGUUUGAUUGAUAAUAUAUGUGACAUUAUUUUGGCUGAGCUAAAGAAUCAGUCAAAAACAAGGAAUUUCUCAGAGAAAACAGAGAAAAAGAAAGAUAAGAAAAAUGAUGAUGAAAGAUUGAGUUCUUUUGUUUCUUCAAAGGAAAUAAAAAGAAAAACUUUGGAUGAAAAAUAUGAAGAUCUUGUCGAAGAUGAUGAAAAAAUAACUGUCAAUAACCCAAUACAAGAAAAAUUUAACCAAAUUAUUGGUUCAAACAGAUCUGUUCAAAAUAAAAGUGACAAAAAUCAAAAUGAAGAUGAACUAAACGAAGAAGAUUCAUUCAACACAUCAAACAAAGUUAUUCAAAAUAAAAGUGACAUGAAUCAUGAGGAAGAUUCGAAUGAACUCAAUCAAAAUCAAGAAAAUUCAUUCAACGCAUCAAACAAAGUUGUUCAAAAUAAAGGUGACAAAAAUCAAAAUGAUGAACUAAACGAAGAAGGUUCAUUCAACACAUCAAACAGAGAUGUUCAAAAUAAAAGUGACAAAAAUUUACAUGAAGAGGAAGAAGAAGAGAAAGAUAGUAUUGUUGAAGAUGAUGAAGAAUCGCCAAAAGCGAAGAUAGAUAUUGAUAGAGAAAAUAAAGGAAAAUAUGAAUUAUCUCCUGUAUCUAUAAAUGAAGAGAAUUUAACAGAUAUAACUCCUGCUUCUUCAUCAUCAGAUACAUCAGAUACAGAAAAUCCAAGAAAAAGAGCAAGAAGAAAUCCUUAUAUGAAAUUAUCUUCCGAUUUCCAAAAUUUACAACAAAUUGAUGAUUUACCAAAAAGUGACAAUUUGACAAAACGUGACAGCGAUCAAGAAAACUCUGAAAUUCCAAAAUCAAAUAUUCCUUCGUCACUUUUCAAUAAAAGUGAAGUGACAGAAAAACCAAAACCGAGGGAAAGAUCAUCUAUUUUUGAUGAGUUAAAAUUCACUCCAAAAUCUAUGGCAAGAGGAGAUCCAAAUCUACAAACACUUGAACAAGUCUUGAAUAUGUCUGCAGCCAAAGAAAUGAAAAGGGAUCCAACGAAAACGAAAAGAGAAAUGAAUUUAGUAACAGCAAGUUCACUUUUGUCUGAUGAGAAAAAGAAUUCUUUUGAACCUUUAAUUACUUUGUUUAGAGCUCAUUCUUUUGUUGGUUUGAUUGGUUUGAAAUAUGGUUUAAUACAAGCAGAUGAAACUCUUUACGCAGUACAUCUAUUCCAAGUCUUCAGAGUUUUGUUUUAUCAGUCUUGUUUAAGUAGAAUUGGAAACUUUGGAAAAAUAGUUUUUGACAAACCGUUAGAUGUCAAAAUUUUGGCAGAUUCUGUAGAAGGAUCUGACAGUUUACGUGUCAAAAAUAUUUUAAUAGAACAUAGAGAGAUGCUUUCUGAUUUAUUUAAUAUUGUUAUUAAUGAUAUGGGAUGUUUAGAAGAGAUGCCGAUGAUUGUUGCAAAUUACGAACCUUCUUUUUCUUUUCUCCCUAUUUUCUUAGUGAGAUUGGCUGAAACUGAGUGGGAUGGAGAGUUGGAAUGCAUCAGUUACAUUUGCGAUGAAUUGUCUAUGUUGUAUUCUCCUUGUGAAGAAGAAUCAAAUGAUACGAAAAACAUCGAAAAAAUGAAAAAAUCUAUCAGAGAUGUUCUGUUUCCUGAACUGAAAACAGCUAUUUUCUUCCCUCCUGCUGCUUUGAUUUCAAAUCUUUCUGUUAUUAGAGUUAGAUCUCUCCAUGAAAUGUACAAAAUCUUCGAAAGAAACUGA